UUUGAUAUUAUUGCGAGGUUAUUGAUAACGCCGUGGGUUUGUAACGGAAAGCUCGUGCAUUUGACAAGUUAUAUUAGUGCUAGAAAUAGUAAUAAUUUUGAAGUUAAAAGUGAGUUCUAUUGAAUGUGAUUUAAUUCUAUAUAAACAUUUCCAGUGAUGGACAGUAAUCAAUAGAAUUCAAUCUUAUUGAUAUAUAAUAGAAUUAAACAGAGUAUGGUGUAACUUAGGGAUCAUUUAAAAACAGUGUGUGUGAGUAGGCUUGCUUUCUUUGCUUCCUUUUCUAACUCGUUGGCUUUGAUUCGAAGUUGAACGCAUGAAAGUGGAGUGAUUGUGUCUAUUGCCAGUACUAGCGGUACAACUACUAGAAGAACCACUGCGGUAUUACAAUACUAGGAAAGCUUGGUUAUUUCUACCAUGACAUCAAGUGCAGGUAGUUGCUCCAGCAUUCCUCGGAUCAUGGUGUUUCAACCUACACUAGAAGAGUUUAAGGACUUUUCUAAGUAUAUAGAGUACAUGGAGUCAAGAGGUGCACACAAAGCUGGUCUUGCAAAGAUUAUACCACCCAAAGAAUGGUGUCCUCGCAAAGCUGGUUAUGAUGACAUUGACCUAAUUAUUCCUGCUCCAAUCACUCAAGUUGUUAAUGGAUGCCAAGGGUUGUAUCAGCAGUACAACAUUCAGAGAAAAGCCAUGACAGUUAUGGAAUUUAAAAAGUUAGCAGAAAGUGACAAGUAUAAAACUCCUAAACAUUUUGAUUAUGAAGACCUUGAGAGAAAAUAUUGGAAGAACUUAACAUACAAUUCCCCUAUCUAUGGAGCAGAUGUGUCAGGAUCAUUGUAUGAUGAAAAUGUAGAAGAAUUCAAUAUUAAUCAUCUUAACACAAUAUUGGACCUUGUAGGAGAGGAUUAUGGAAUUCGUAUUGAAGGUGUUAACACUGCUUAUCUUUACUUUGGAAUGUGGAAAACUACUUUUGCAUGGCACACAGAAGACAUGGAGUUAUACAGUAUUAACUAUCUUCAUUUUGGUGCUCCAAAAUCAUGGUAUGCUAUACCACCAGAGCAUGGUCGACGACUUGAAAGGUUAGCAGCAGGAUUUUUCCCAAGCAGUUCUCAAAUCUGUCCAGCUUUUCUGAGACACAAGAUGACAGUUAUUUCUCCACAAAUAUUAAAACAGUACUCCAUCCCAUUUAAUAAGAUAACACAAGAACCUGGAGAGUUCAUGAUUACAUUUCCAUAUGGUUAUCAUGCUGGCUUCAACCAUGGAUUCAACUGUGCUGAAUCAACUAACUUUGCAUUGUUAAGAUGGAUAGAGUAUGGAAAAAGGGCAUUACAGUGUUCAUGUAGAAAGGAUAAUGUGAAAAUCAGCAUGGAUGUGUUUGUACGCAAAUUUCAACCAGAUAGAUAUAAAUUAUGGAAGGAAGGAAAGGAUAUGGGUUGUCACCCCGAAGAUCCUGGUCGAGUCUAUGCUGCUCCUCCUCCAUCAAAAUAUGAGCUUGCUGUUGCAGCUAGAAGGGAUGCAAAACUAAAAGGGAAGUCAGGAGAAAUGGCAACAGCUGCUGUGUCUAAAAGACAUCCUAUCUCUGGUGUGAGUCGUAAGGAGAAAAAAUCAAAGAAGGAAAAUGAUAAUAAUGAAAUACAAGAUAUAUCUCCAACUGAGCGAUUCAGGCUUAAUUCUGAUACUGAAGAAUACAAUGUGGAUGAAGAAAUCCAAAAAACAAAAAAGAAGCCAAGAAGAAAGAAAAAGGUAGUGGAGGAUAUUAACAAAGAAGCAAACCAGAAAGAUCCUGACGAAACUUCUGAUCAUAAAAUGACUAAGAAAAAACCAAGAGCAAAGACUACCAAACUAAAUUUAACAGAACCUGGUAUCACUAUGAAAAGUCCUCCUAAAGUUAAGUAUACACCAGCAAGAAUGUUGUCAACUAAACUUCUUACUUUUCAGUCACAGUUAUUAAGAUCUGAACAAAAAGCUCAGAUUCCAACUACUGGAGUUGGGGGCAUAUUACCAUCUGAAUUAGGUUAUGCCUUAAAAUUGAAUACGAAGACAAUUCAUGGGGUUAAAACAGAUUCAAGUAAAAUAAUGUACAUUAAUUCAUAUGAUUCAGAACAUCAUCUUACUGAAGUAAGUAAUGGUGGAAUAGUUUUUCCAAAACCAGCUGAUGUGAUGGGGUUUAGCACUGAAACAGAAGAAAAUGAAAUGAAUUCUGUCCAACUAUCUAGUGCCCUAAACUUGAGUACUAAGAAUGAAAAACUUGUACCAGACGUAAUAACAACUUUGUCUCAUGUUGGUACAAAUGAUGUGAGGGUUGAAGGGAUAAAUUUGAAAUCUAACUUAACAGAUUCCGCAGAUGUUGCCAUGGCACAAGAUACAACAAACAUUUCAACUUGUGCAAAUAAUCCUGUGAUUAAACAAAAUGGAAUAAAACAUAUUCAUAAAAUUGGAUCCAUUAGGCCUAAGAAUAAAUACAAAGGAAGUUUAAUGAGCCUUUCAGAGACAAUAAAAAAACUGAAAAAGAGGAUUUAUCCAAAAAGUUACCCAGUGAAUCAAGAUUUAUCUUCCACUGUUUUAAGUCAAAUGAUACAAAAUAAUGAAACUAUAGCACCAAAUAUUUCAUCGGCUUUAACUACUAGUGAUGAACAUGGCUCUUCAAUCAGAAACAAAACAUUUCCUCAGAAAAAGAAAGCUAUCACUAUGACAACAAAAGCAAUCAACCCUGUACAAUUUGGUGGUAGCACAUCCAGUCAAAAUUUGGCACUCAAGAGCUUACAACAGGACUUCAAUGUAAGUCAUGCUCCAUUGGUAGAAACCUCGUGUUCUUUCACUGAUUUUCUAUUGCAUUCAGAUGUGCAUCAAGAGACUGCUUCAAGUUUUUCACCAGAUAUGAAAACGUUAUUUGACAAUCUUCAGAGGAUUAAUCCAGGACUUGAAAUAUUCCAAAAUGUAGAUGGUGUAAAAUUACCUAUUCAGGCCUCCACGAAACUAUGUUUUUCUGAAAAAGGAAAUUCUUCAGAAGUAUAUCAUCAUGAAUUGCAACCACAAACUUCCACAUUUACUCAUAAAGAAUCAAAUUGUGAUCAGUCAGGGACUGUGAAGGAUGCUGAAAAUGAUAAACCACUCAUUCAGAAGAUUCCUGAAAAUUACACAUCUCCACAAAAAGAAGACCAUAUUAUCCAAGGUGUUUCUCAAAAAAGUAAAAACCUUGUAUCCAAAGAAAAGAAGAUUCUUAACACAGGAAUUCGAAGACACCCCAUCUCCAAACCUCGAAGGAAUGUUCCUUCAUCUAAAGUGGAUUCAAGUGAUGAAGACUCAUCUAGUUCCUUUAGUGAUGACAUGCAUGACGAGUGGGCCAAAUACUUGACUGAUCUUUGGCAUUUCAGAACAAGAAAUUUUAAAUCCGAGCAGCAAUUUAACAUGGUCUCCUCAUCUGUAGAACCUCAUUGUGCUGUGUGCAUGAUUUUCACUUCAUUAAAGAUGGAGUCAGAAAGCCCUGAGAGACAGGAGAAGUUGAAAAUACCCUCUGGUAGUCCAGUUUGGAUGCCAUUAGUAUGUUUUGCAGAGUCUUCCACAUCACAACUAAGAACUGACAGCAGUGCCUUGCUGACUGUAGAUUCUCCUCUGUUAGUCUGUGCAGGUUGUAAAGUUUGUGUUCAUGCAACUUGUUAUGGGGUUAUGUCUAUACCCAGCGGACUGUGGAAGUGUCGAUGUUGUGAAAAACAGAAUUUAGAUGUGGAGUGUUGUCUGUGCAGUUUGCGUGGUGGAGCACUCAAGCCUACUACAGAUGGAAGGUGGGCUCAUGUAAUAUGUACUCUUCUGAUUCCAGAAGUUGUCUUUCAGGAUAUCUGUACAAAAGAACCAAUUGAUGUCACAAAAAUCACACAAGAACGUGCAAAACUGAUAUGCACAUAUUGUAAAAAUAUCAGUGGCUCGUACGAACACAAGAGUGGAGUUUGUAUUCAGUGCUCAUCAGGAAAAUGUACCAGUGCUUUCCAUGUGACUUGUGCUCAUGCAGCAGGUGUCACUUUUGAAACAUGCGACUUUCCAGUAAACAUUUAUAUCACUUGCACUCGUCACAUACGUAAAAGGAAGAAGCCAACAAAAAGAAAGUUACCGGAAGUGGUGGUUGGUACCAAAGUAAUUGCAAAACACAAGAAUGGCAAAUAUUAUCCCAGUGAAGUUGUCGAUAUUUCCACUCAGUUGUUGUUUUCUGUGGACUUUGAAGAUGGUUCAUUUAGUGAUAGCGUGUGCUCCACGGACAUUAUAAACCGAGACUGUGAAAAUGAUGGACCACCAGCCAUCAAUGAACAUGUCAAAGUACAUUGGAAGGAUGGAGAGAUUUAUAAUGCUACUUUCAAGGGAUCCACCUCUCAUAUCAUUUACACAGUGGAAUUUGAGAAUGGCUCAGAAAACAGAUUAAAGAGAGAAGCUUUUUACACUGAAGAAGAGGAAUUUCCAAAGUCAUUGAAGCCUAAGUUGUCUUUGGCUACAUAGUCUCAACAGAACUUGUUUCAAAAAGGAGAUGUCAGUGUGAAACAUUCUCAAAUUGCCGGGUACACAUCAGAAGAUGAUCUGCCACUUUGAUUUCAUCUGUAUGUCAAGACAUUCAUCAGACCUGAAAAAAUCCACGUAUCUCUGUUAAUGCAAGGAUGAAGCUUAGUAAUUAGUUUUUGCAUGAAUGAAAAAUGUGGUCAGAAAAGAUUGGCCAUUGUAUGUUAAACUUACCUCCUCUUCUCACUGCCGUGCUUUGGAAUACAAUUUGUUUUACACUUUUAAAACUGCAGGAAACUUCAUUAAACCACAGGUAGACUUGUAUCAAUAUUCCUAGGGAUGGUUAUUGAAACAAUCUCUCACAGGUAGUUUUUGCAGUCAUUGUUCAGAAGAACCAUCAUAACCAACCAUUGAAUGCAUUAGCACUUUUAAGAAGUAUGGUAUUUUUGCCUAGAGUAAUUUGUUUUACCACAGAUUGAAAUAACAUGCAGAAAAAAAGUAUGAAGUAGUUCAUCUUUGUCAAUUUUUUGUAUUUAUUUUGGAGAACUGUUAAAAGCAUCUGUAUAUUUGUUCAUGUUUUGUAUAUUAAGUUAGAGAAUUCAGCCCAUAAACAUACUGCCGUGAUAAUUCUCUUGUGCUUAAAGUUUUAAUCUCCAUUCAACAAAUUGUCUCAUAACAGAUUAGUCAUAUUCACAUUUUAUAAAUUCAAUUCAUAUUAAAACUAGAAAAAAAUGUACAAAUUAAUAGAUAUGUGUUUAUGUUUAACACUAAUUUUGUAUUAUUCACACACUUUUGUCACUCUCCUACUUGAAAUAUGUCUUAUAUAUAUAUAUUAACUUUUAAUAUUUUUUUUAUAUUCUUUGCUACUUGUACUAACCAGAUUUUAUGAAAAUUAUCCAUUCUAAAAUUCUAUAUUUUCUCUGAGGGAUUUGAUUUAGUCAGUAAGAAGGUUUUUGUGACAUUAUAAAUAAAAAGCAUUGUCAGCUCUUCUGAAAUACAGCAUUUUUAACAAUGAUAUGGUUUUCAAGUGUCAUCAGGUGUAUGGAAAUUUUUUGGUUUUUGCAUACAUCGUAAUUUUUUGCUGAAGUGGUUAGGAUAUUGUUACAGCUUGCAACAGUUUAAAUGGAAGUUGGACUUUGUCACUAUUUUAUUGCAAGAAUUUUAAACCAUUAAGAAGAUCUGUUCAGCACUGCUUUUAAAAUAGGUGUUACCUUAUUCUAGUAUUGUCAUUACUGUGGACUCCAUAAUAAAGGAGUGAUUUCUUGCACAUGGUAAGAGUUUGUGAAGAAUGAUGAAACUAAAUAAAUCUAUAAGAAAUUCUUUAAAAUGUUUUAGUAAACCUCAAAAGUAAUAAAUGUUUGAAAAUUGUAAAUUUGAAUUGGUUUAGUUACAGAAUUGAGGUUGUGGGAAAGAUUUUUUUUUGUUUCUUGUUUUUGUUGAUUAUGUAUGUGAAAUUGUAUUUCUUUCCUUUCUGGAUUUAUAAUUGCUCAAAACUAAUAAGUGUGAAAUUGCUGUUGUAAUGUAGAAUUAGAGAACUCGAAACUUAUCAAGACAGAGUGAAAAGUUACAAAUUCAGUAUUUAUAGAGCAUUCAAUAAAACAAUACAUAGUUUGUCCAAUAAAAAAACAAAACUAUACAUAUUUUAUUUGAUACUUGAGGGAGGUUUAAAGUUUCUUAGUAGUGAAAAAUUGUGGUUCCUGAGAUUAACAUUUUGUAUGUUGAUUGGUGUAAGCUAUGUAAUGGUUUUGGUUAAUCAGUUAAAGUCCACACAGUUACUGCCAGCAUGUUGUAUUAGAUUAUACACUUAUGUGGUUGCUGAACUCUUUAGAUAAUUGAGAGCUAUGUAGCUGUGGUUUUGUAAUUAAUGAAAUAAUUGUCCUCAUCGAUGCUUUGCUAGUAAAAUGAACUUAUUUCAUUCAGAUCAUUUGAAGCACCAGGAGAAAACCAAAUUAUAAGUGCUCUACUUUUAUUCUUGAUAACCCAGAUUUGAAUUUACCACACCCAAAGUUAAAGUUAAUUUGGAAAAUUAAGAGAUGUGAAAUUCAUUUCAGUAGUACAAUGUGUCAGCCUAUUUGAGGAACAAAAUUACAGAAAUGUAUGAGUACUUAUUAAAAAUAAGGUGUAAAGACUGAGUUGAAGAUUCACUUCCAAUUAUAUUUAAUUUUGGAUAAUAUGAAGUAGCAUUAUAUAGUAAUUGUGUGAGUGAUUGUUGAUAACCUUGAUUGUACAGAAGAUAUACCAUAUAUUUCCCUGUGAAUACUGAUAUUAGAAGGGGGAAAAAACUAAGUAACGUGUGUAUGUAUACAGUUCACUGUUGUUAAAUUAAAUCAGUGGAUUUAAAGAAGGAUAAUUUGCUUUAUUUUUUUCUUGUAUAAAAUUGUGUUCUUUACAGAAAUGCAUUGGUUUGAUUUGAAAUAUUUAUGUUUACUGAAUUUUGUAAUCUUUAUACACAGAAAAACAUUGUAAACAAAUAUGUUGAACACUGGUGAAACUUGUUGUAAUGCAAUAUAUAUAUGUACUUAUUUUUAAUUCUGCAUUUUUCUGCUUAACAUAAAUAUGUUAUAGAUAUGACUAACUAAAUGUAGUGAAUUUAACCUAAUUUAAGGCAUUUCAAUCCUCUGUAAAGACAUUGCAAGGCAGAGUGUGUCCUGCGAUUGUUUUUAUGUUUUGAUUUUCUAAGAGUUUGCCUGUCUUGUAAUUUUAUUUUGGAUAGGACUAAUUUUGAAGAUCAAACACUUCUAUGCAUACUAUUUUUCAUUAUUUUGAAAGGGCAUGCCAUUUAUUACAACUUCUACUAUUUUUCUUUAUUAUAAAGUGGUAUGUCAUUUAUUAUUAAGAUUCUUUUUUUUUUUUGAUAAAGCUAUUGUUGAUUUUUUUUAUUUGAACCAGGUUGUUUAUUGUAUUUUGAUGCAACUUAAAUUUUUUUCCCCAAUGCUGAACAAUAACAUUAUAAUUGUAUACUUGUUUUAUGUUCAUUUCCAGUUACCUUGGUAUGGUUUUUCACUAUGGACAGUUUUAGUUAGCACUUAGAAGUAGUAAUCUAGCUGAUCUCAUCAAUUUUUCAUAGUAUUUAAAGGUAUCGUAAACUAAAUUUGUGUAUUCAUUUCCAUGCUAAUAAACUUGUUACUUGCA